UCUUCAGUCUUCUCAAGUCUUCUCCUUCUCUCUCAUCACUCUCCAAAGCUUCAUUUCAACUCAUCAAUGGCGGAACACUAAAACCCUCCACCUUCUCUCUCACUCUCCAAGAUUCAUUUCAGUCCAUCAAUGGCGGAAAACCAAGACCCUUCUCCACCUCUCCAUCUCCUAGUAAUCCCUUUCCCAGCCCAAGGGCAUCUCCUCCCUCUCCUCCACCUCCUCCACCACCUCUCCAAUCUCCUCCCUUCUCUCUCCUUCACCAUCGUCUCCACUCCAUCCAAUCUCCAUCUCCUCCAACCCUUCCUCUCUUCCACCCCAUCCGCCACUCCUCUCCUCCUCCCUCUCUCUCUCCCCCCUUCCUUCCACCAUGUCCGCACUCUCCCCUCCCCUUCCGACGUCUCUAUCCUCAUCCACGCCCUCUCCCUCCUCUCCGACGACCUCCUCCUCUGGUCCCGCUCUCACCGCCCCACCGCCAUCAUCUCCGACUUCUUCCUCCCUUGGACUCACCAUCUCGCCACCGACAUCGCCGUUCCCAAUCUCGUCUUUUACAGCACCGGCACUCUCCUCAUCUCCAUCCUUCACCGUCUCUGGAUCGACCUCCCUCUCCCCUCCCACUCACCCAUCUCCUUCCCUUCCAUCCCUGGCUCUCCUUCCUUCCCUUUCUCUCACCUACCUUCUCUCUACCGCCGCUACCUAGCCGGCUCCGGCUCACCGGAGUGGCAAUUUGUAAAAGACGAGAUGAUCGCCGGCGAUUCCGCCUUCGCUGCCAUCAUCAACACCUUCGACGCCAUCGAUGGUGUUUAUCUAUCGCAUCUGAAGAACGAGAUGAGAUUUUCUAGGGUUUUCGCCGUCGGCCCAAUCCACCCUGGAUUCAAUCGUGCUGAUCCAAUGCCGGAGGAGUUAUCAACGUGGCUGGAUGAUUCUCCGGCGAGAUCCGUCGUCUAUGUUUGCUUCGGAAGCCAGUUCACGCCGGGGAUCGAACAGGGCUUGGCGUUGGCGAACGCGCUGGAGCGAAGCGGAACUCGAUUCGUUUGGUGUGUUGGGAACGAUUGGGUCGCCGGAGAUCGGAAGUUGGUGCCGGAGGGGUUUGAGGAGAGAGUGAAGGGGAGAGGGAUGGUGGUCCGGGGAUGGGCGCCGCAGGUGGAGAUACUCCGGCACGGCGCGGUGGCGUCGUUCUUGACGCAUUGUGGGUGGAAUUCGGUGCUGGAAGGGAUUGUGGCCGGAGUGAUGCUGAUGGCGUGGCCGAUGGAGGCGGAUCAGUUCUUGAAUGCGAAGGUUUUGGUGGAGGAAUUGGGGGUGGCGGUGAUGGCGUGCGGUGGAGGGCCGGAGAUGGUGCCAGAUGUGGAGGAGUUGGGGAAGAUGAUGGCGGAGUCGGUGGAGAAGAAGGAGGGUCGGUGGAUGGAGAUCAGGAAGAGAGCUUGGGAGAUGGGGAGGAUGGCGGAGGAGGCAGUCGGAGAAAGUGGGAGCUCGUUUAGGGAUGUGGCGGAGCUGGUGGUCCAGCUUAAGGAGCUUGCGUUGCGCCGCACUCUUUGAAGGUGAUGAUAGGGUGCCAAGGUACUGUGUCCUUACAUAUAGGUGAUGAUAGCAGUACUUGGGGUUGAUGUUAUUGGGAUGCGUAUUCAUACAUAUAGGCGACGAUAGCGCAUGCCGGGGAGAACCAUUAGGCCAUGGGACAUACCUAGCCAAGUUAAGUAGAGCUCAAAUAAAUAAAAAGAAAUAAGAGAUGGCGGUAGAGAAAAAAAAUAAAUAAUUUGAUAAUUAAAUUGACAUAAUGAACUGUUUGUUUGUUUUUCUUGAUUUGACAACUGAAGUGACAUGUUCAUUAUUGGUGUAAUUGCUAUGAUUGUUUGUAUAUUAUUAAUUGUGUAUUAUUAUAUGAUUACCUACACAAUAGCAUAAGAAUAAUAUUAACUGAGUCGGCAGCUCACC